AUGAGUGAAAGAUCUUUUGUAUCUGUUGUUGAAUGGCUUUCUGGCCUUGAAAACCCCCUUGGCGAAUCAUCGCCAUCUCUCACCACGCCUCCUCCAAACCCGACCGGCAAAUAUCAUCACCCUUUGUCGCCGCCCGAGUCACGCAAACGAUACGCCUCGAUGGCGACCGACCCCGAUCUGACACCAAAAAGGCGAAGGGUUGCGCUGCCUGCUGGCCAUCACCUUGAAGGGACGCCGAGAGCAAACAGCGUUCGUGAUGGAAUACCCAACCUCCCAACAGCGUCGCCAUCUCGAUCGGAUCGCUCUGAAUCAUGGUCUGAAUCACAAGCCUCCGGACGGUCCUCGCCCUUGAAACGAAUGGUUGCGAUGGAAUUGGCACCCAAUGGACUCGAGACAAAGAGGAUGGAAUCCGGGGACCCUGGCAUGCCUUCUGCGCUGGCCCAAUUUUCCUCCGAACUCGAUAUGUCAAGAUCCCCGCUUUCGUCAUUGUUUGCCUUUCAUGUUCGCUUCCCCGCGGAUCGUGAUCAGUACGGACCAACGCCAUCACUCGAUCGCGUCGACUCGUUGGUCAAGAAAUCCGUCAGAUGCCAGGACUCGCAACAGGAUGAGUCAGGAUGGAAUAUGCUGGUGCACUGUCCACUGUUGGAGCAAGCCCUCGACAAUAUAGAAACGCAGAAUCAAUCAAUCGGGUUUGAGCCAUGCACCACCGCCAAGAUCAUACAAGAAUACCUCCCUACAGGCUUCAUGCCGAAAAUGGUGGACUUUUGCAUGUAUGUGGAUAUAGGAACGGACAAGGCUACGCGUGAUGUCAGCAAACGGCUUCGUCAAGAGCUGCCAUGCGGUGUCAUCAACCACACAGAGUUUCAUGCUCUUCGGCAGCGACCCAUCACCGUCAGCAUUGAGACCAAAACGCCACGUGGAGCGCAACCUGCAGCGGCAGAAUUACAAAUAAGUACUUGGCACGCGGCACAGUGGAGACUACUCGAAGAUCUUGUUGCUCGGACUGGUGGUUCCUUUGUAGACUUAACUUUUCUUCCUGCCGUCAUUGUGAAUGGGGAUGAAUGGAGCUUUGCCGCUACGACUAGAGAAGAACAAAACACGGUGCUUUGGCUUGAAAAAAGUUCGGGUCGACCAACAGCCAUCACGGAGUGUAUAAAACGGUCUGGGGAUUGCAGCGCCUCGCAAAGUGGAGCAUAG